AUUGCUCCUUGUGCAUGCAUAUCGUUUAUAUCUAAUUAAGGAAAAUAGCUAUGCGGAAACUAUGGUCAGUCACAUACGAGGACAAUCACGUGCAAAUAAUAGAGAACCACAUAUAUAUAUAGGGGCGGCAUCACCGGCUUCCGCGCAAAAAUACCACCAAGCAUGCAUGCACUCCAUUGAUACAACACCUCACAAACCUCACAACAGCACCGAGAAAAAUUGCGAGAUUUGAGACCGAGAUGGCCUCCUUUUCCUCCGCCUCUGUGCUCGCUCUGACGAUCAUGGCGGUGCUCGUCGCCGGUGCCCGGUGCAGCACCUCGGGCAAGGUUGGCUUCGCACUCACGAAGGGUUCCAGCCCCACCAAUCUCAUCGUGGCCGCCAAGUCUUUUGGCGGCACUACCGACGACUUCUCCAAGAUGCAGGUCAAGGGGCAGGGCUCGGACAAGUGGAUUGACAUGAGCAAUGCGGGGAGCUCCGGCAAGGGGAACUCCGUCUGGAAGGCCGUAUCCUCUACCGCACUCAAGGCCCCUCUCGCCAUCCGUUACCAUACAAAGCAGGGCACGACUGUUGUGAAUGACGACGCCAUCCAUUCAUUUUAGAAGAUCCGUACAUCCAUGCAUGCUGCGGAACCUAAGGGCACUCUAUGCUCAUUAUUUUGUUACGUUUCAUAAUUUUGACCUACAUGCCAAUAUGAUGAUCAUCUUCCCGGGGAAAGGAAAGGUGUAGCAGAAAAAAUAAUCCAUUUUUAGAAUGGCCUAGUUUCAUGGCAUGUCUUCCGUGACCUGUGAAUGUACACUGAAAAACAGGCUCCUCUGUACGACUAUAAGAUUUAGGAACUAAUAUCACAUGCCUAUGCUAGAGACUGUAUUUUGGAGAUACUUUU